AUGUUUCCUUCCCAAGACAAUUCUAUCACCUACGAACAACUUCAUUCACUCAGGUUCGAACACAUACAAGCAGAGCUCGCCAAUUGGGAACGUAUCGUAUUUCAAGGUGACAUGGAUGGCUCACGCAAACAAGGGGAGGCAUCCUCCAAUAGUGGCGAUCAUACAUCAUCAAAGCCAGUCAACCAGUCCACUGAAAAUACAGGGGUAUUUUACAAGACAUAUCUGCCAGGACAUCACUUUCACGGAUCUACACCACCUCAUGUCCCUCCUGAGGCAUACAACUAUCUCAUCCAUGCAUUGAUUUCCAUGCAAGGAGCUAUUCCACCCCCAGUAGCACAUAACCAAUCGUCACCAUACCAUCAAGGACAAUUCCCGGCGGGUUCUUCGUCCUCAGUUUUCCCCAAUGUGCCCCAAACCAUGCACUCCAAUGCACCCCUUGCGAUGUCAUCUACAGCACCCCUUUCACAUGUUUCCCCCGCUAUGAUGACGGGCUUCCCUAAUUCUAGAAGCACGGUCAAUGAGCCUCCAGCGUUUGCACCAUCAAAUACGGCCAUUUCAGACCCAGGUGAUAUGACGGACGAAGCUGCUGCCAUUGCUGAAGAUAAGCGCAGACGAAACACGACUGCUUCAGCCAGAUUCCGGACCAAAAAGAAGCAGAAGACGCUCAACCUGGAGCGAAGUGUUGCCGACUUGACCGGCAGGACCGAGGAAUUAGAGCGCGAGGCAUCGGAGCUGCGACGAGAGAAUAGCUGGUUGAAGGAAAUCGUGCUAUUAAAAAGCAGAAGAAGGGGCGCGUUCGGCGGCUCACAAGCUAGCAGCUCCCAACAAGCAAGCACUUCGUCCGCACAGAAGGAUGGUCGCGACGAUGAUCCUAGCAGUGACGAAGAUGAAGGUCACGGGACACGCGAAGCGAAAUAA